AUGUCAUGUACUAAUGAUAAUGUUUGCGAUGGACAGGCGUUUUCGGUGUUCUUCGUGCUGAUAGCGUUGACAUCGGACAUGAUAUGCUUCCUAUUCAUACCGGUUCACUGGCUAUUCUUCGCGGCCAGCACUUACGUGUGGGUGCAAUACGUUAUCGGUUAUCCAGUGGUGACGUUGGGGUUCGGCUUCAAGUCGUACGUCUCGUAUCGCAUGAGGUUAAGGAAGCAGAAAGAAGUGGCCAAAGAGAACGAGUUCUAUGUGGAACUCCUCCAGAAAGCCUUACCCCAGGAGGUGCCGGCGCCCCCACCCGCCCCCAGCUUACCGCCGGACACUGAGCUCAUGCAGACGUCCGCCAAUGGCGUCAAUCAUUGCGCGCCUAAUCAUCAAAAGAAGUCGAGUAUUAGUUCAACAAAUUCGGACAAAUCGUUGAUUAUUAGCAACGGUUCGGCGAAUAAAUUAAUUUGUGAUUACGACUCAUCCACCAAGAAGUCCAUUCCCAAUGGCAUCGACAGACAUGAAUUACAAUAUAUGGAGCAUCAGAUCAUUAAGAAAAUAUCAUCGCUUAACCACUUCGACAAUAACGACGACAAUGGCGUCGACGACAUCGUAGAGCAUAACAACACCACUAAU